UUGGGAUAAGUUACGUUUGUUUGCACUUGUAGUCCAAAAACAAAUUUUAUAUAAGUAAAAAUGUUGAAUGUGAAGAUCCUGGGAGUAUCCUUGAAAUGCAGUUUCAACACGCCGGUCUCUGUGCAAGAAUUAAAACAAGAAAUUGAGAGAGAAACGAAUCUUUCACAUGGUCAAUAUUAUGUCCUGCACAAUGGUCGACUCGUACAGGAAGAUGAUAUUUGCUCGAAUGGCUAUGCAACUGUAGUUCCAAGACUGUUGGGGGGCAAAGGUGGUUUUGGAUCUAUGUUACGCGCGAUAGGUGCGCAGAUUGAGAAAACCACAAAUCGCGAAGCUUGCAGAGAUCUCAGUGGUCGCAGAUUGCGCGACAUAAAUGAAGAAAAAAGGCUGAAAGCUUGGAUCGAUAAACAGGCCAAGAGAGAGAAGGAGGAGGUGGAACGCAGGAAAAAGAAGCUAGAAAAACUCUGCACCGAGCCAAAACAUGAAUUUAAAGAUCAGCGUUAUGACCAGGAACGUGCGGAAUUGACCGAGAGAGUUGGAGAUGCCAUAGAAGAAGGAUUCAAAGCUGCGAGCACAUCGGGUAUCAAGAGGAAGCAGGAGGAGAACAAUAAACCCAACAAACGCAAGACCAUGUUAGAUUUAGAAAUUGAUUCUGACGAAUUUGAGGAUUCUGAUGACAAUGAUGAGGAUGAGGCGUUGCCUGUAGAAAGAACGAAAGCCAAAAAGCAGCAAGGAUCAAAUGACAGCGGACAUUCCAGUAACAAUGCCGAAAAUAUCAAUGAAUGCAUCAAGAUAAUAGGAAGUGGACAUUCCAUAUCGUCGAGCGAUAAUCAGAUAAAUAACAAAAGUAUUGAGUAAGCUAUUUAUUAAAAUAAAUACUAAAUGUAUUAUUGAGUCUUGAAUGUAAAUGCAUAA